AUCAGACCACCACACGCCCGAGGCCCGACUGCAAGCGCCUGAGCCCAAGACCCAUGGCCAUGGCCGCCGCCACCGUCGCAGCGUCUCUGCCCGUGGCGCAGGGGCUCGGGAAGCCCCUCUGCGCCGGCAGCAACGCGCCGUCGCUCCGGGCCUUCGCGAGCGCGCCCCGUCGUCGGUCGGCCAGGACCAGGAUGGCCGUCGUCCGGGCGUCCGCGCAAAAGCAGCACCCGGCCAAGGAGUGGGCGGCCGCGGCUGCCGUGGCGGCGGCGCUGGUGCUGCCGGAGGUCGCGGAGGCCGCGCCGGGGAUCUCCCCGUCGCUCAAGAACUUCCUCCUCAGCAUCGUCUCCGGUGGGGUCGUGCUCGUCGCCAUCGUCGGCGCCGUCGUCGCCGUCUCUAACUUCGAUCCCGUCAGGCGGGGUUGAGCUGCAUGCGUCGUUGUGUGUUGUUGUACCUAUGUGGCUAUGUACUGAGAUCUCUCCCCCCGUGUGCUUCCCAAUGAAAACAGUGUUUAAUGCGUGAAUGUGUAAAUUUCAUUUCAUGCCAUCUGUAUGU